AUGUCUUUCAAGACGAGACACAGCUAUGCAUUAGCACUAAGUGUGAAGAAGCCCUUCACACUGGACAAAAUGAUUGCAAGUGCAGUGAGUGUGGGGAAGCUUUCAACGACAAAGACAAAUGUGUUCAACACCAGAAAACCCACACUAGAGAAAAGCUUCAUGAGUGCAAUGACUGUGAGAACGAUUUUGUCUACAACUCCAGCCUCCAAGCACACCAGAGAGCUCACAUGGGAUCAGCGCCUAAUGACUGUGCUGAAUGUGGUAAAUCUUUUAUCAGAAAAUCCCAUCUUGUUCAGCACCAGAGAAUUCACACCGGAUCAAAACCUUUUGAGUGCGGUGAAUGUGGGAAGGCCUUUGGCCGCAAAGACACCCUUAUUCAGCACCAGAAAAUUCAACAGGGGAGAAAGGUCUUUCACAUGCAGCAGAUGUGGGAAAGCCUUUCUCCGAAAAGACACACUUGCUGAGCACCAGAAAAGCCACACUGGGGAAAAAUCUUAUAAGUGCGAUGGAUGUGGGAAAUUCUUUAGUCACAGUUCCUACAUUAAAGUACAUAAGAGAAUUCACAGUGGACAAAGGCCCUAUGUGUGCAGUGAAUGUGGGAAAGCCUACAUCAGUCAUCCCCACCUUAUUCAACACCAGAAAGUUCACACUACAGCAAGGCUUAUGGGUGAAGUGAAUGUGGAAAGUUCUUUGCUGAGAAUUCCAGCCUCAUUAUACACCAGAGACAUAACACCAGAGCAAAGGCUUAUGUGUUCAGCCAAUCUGGGAGCAUCUACAGAAAACAUUCCCACCUGGCUUGGCACAUAA